UCAAUCGCGACUCGGGGCUCUUGUUGUCGUCCGGCGCCUGAGGAGACGGGUCGGUGGCCGCCGCUAGCCAGGGGAGUGCGGGCUCCGUCGGUCAGUCGCUCCGCCCCGGUUAGCCGGGGACAUGUCGAGGCGGGCGGAGGCCUGGCGGGCCGCGGCGAGAAGUCGGACGGUGGCCGAGGCGGAGACGCCCUGCUCGAGCUUUCCCCGCCCGCUGUGCCGCCUACAGGCGCCCAGGGAGUGAGGGAGCCGCCGCCGCGGGGAGACCGGCCGGGACUGAGCCAGGGAGACGCGAGCAGUACCAGCUUUGCAGCAGCCGUGGCAGUGGGAGUCGCUCUGGAGCCGAAGGUGGGACAAUGAAGCUGUUAGAGAACUCAAGUUUUGAAGCAAUAAACUCUCAGCUGACAGUGGAGACGGGAGAUGCUCACAUCCUUGGCAGGAUCGAGAGUUACUCAUGUAAGAUGGCGGGCGAUGACAAGCACAUGUUUAAGCAGUUCUGCCAGGAGGGCCAGCCACAUGUUCUUGAAGCCCUGUCACCCCCUCAGACCACGGGGAUCAGCCCCAGCAGGCUCAGUAAAAGUCAGAGUGGAGACGAGGAGGGGCCCCUGAGUGACAAGUGCAGCCGCAAGACCCUCUUCUACCUGAUCGCUACCCUCAACGAGUCCUUCCGGCCUGACUACGACUUCAGUGCUGCCAAGAGCCACGAGUUCAGCAGGGAGCCGAGCCUCAACUGGGUGGUGAAUGCUGUGAAUUGUAGCUUGUUCUCAGCGGUCCGGGAGGACUUCAAAGCCCUGAAGCCUCACUUGUGGGAUGCUGUGGAUGAGGAGAUCUGUCUCUCGGAGUGUGACAUCUACAGCUACAACCCAGACCUGGACUCAGACCCCUUCGGCGAGGAGGGCAGCCUCUGGUCCUUCAACUACUUCUUCUACAAUAAGAGGCUGAAGAGGAUUGUCUUCUUCACCUGCCGCUCCAUCAGUGGGUCCACGUACCCUCGCUCGGAGUCAGGAAACGAGCUGGACAUGGAUCUCGGUGAAGACGACCAGGAGGGGAGCAUGGAUGCCUAUGACAAGGAAAGCAGCAAUAUCGAGGAGGACAGGGUGCAGGUUAUCUGCAUGUGAGUGUCCAGAUGAGCUCCAAGAAGUACUCAGCCCUGCUGAGCCAGCCUUCCAGUCUCCAGUCCAUCAGCAUCGAGGAUGGGCCAGCCCUGGCUGUUAUGUGAACUACCCCAUGCACAGAGCCUGCAGCACUGCUCUGCUCUUCGGCACUGGGGGCUCCAGAGUGCCCCAGCACCUGCCCCACUGCACUGCGUGUGGAAAGCAGCUAGUGCCUCUGGGCUGCAGAUGUCCUCUAGCUGCAGGUGCUGCCCAAGAGCCCGUUACCUCCAGACACGUGCUGCGUGAUUGGUCAGCAGAGGCCGCGCUCUCACUGCCGGCCUGGGCUCCAGCUUGCCAGACGCUCGUGCAGGGCCUUUGAGAUGCUUCAAUGCACUUUAGGAAUUGAUCUGCUGGCUGCACUGAUGUCCUGUCCUGCUGGCUCUGAAGCAGGGCAGGCUGAUCCUCGGGCACUUUCCUUUACCGAUGGCCACCCAGCAAACUCCGUCCGGCCAUAGCAGCAGCAGGGUGCAGGGCAGGGUAUCCUCGCCUCCUGGAUCUCCUCGUUCAGAACUGUUGGUGACCCACCCUCCCCCCACGUCACUGGCCUGCUCCCUGUUUUGGGCUGCUUGCUUGGCUCCUGCUCACCUCACGGACUCAGUUUGCUCUUUUCCAAGGCUGUAGUAGGCGCCUUGCCGCCCCAUGCUGAGCGCUGCUCCCCUGUGCAAACGAACUGGCUGGGAGAUGGAGCUGAGGCCAGUGGGGCUGGUUGGUUGGUUGGUUUGUUUUUAAACCACAGAUGACUUUUGGCAUCAGCCUGGCAAGAGUGUGCAUGGGGUGGGCGGUGGUGGCUGCCAGGAGCCUGCUCCACUCUCCAGGAGGGCUGCAGAGCCUGUUUCCGUGGCUCGUCUUGGGAGCUCAGCCCUGUUGACUCUGACUCAUGCUAUGGUUUAACUGCAUCCUCCCCUCUGUCUCCCUUGACCGGUUCCCUAGCACUGGCCCUCCUAGUGCAGCUGCUGGGCCUGGUGCCAGGCUUCCCUCUGUCCCCAGGGAUGAGUACACGCUGUCCCAGGGCCAAAGCAGGAUGGGGGUGCAGAGCAGCCAGCUCUUCAUGGGCACUGGAGGACCUGGCACUAGCAUGGGGUCUGCAGAGGGCAGCAGCAGCACCAGGCCCAGCUCUCUGCAGCUCCUCCUCUGGCCUCCCCCCAGGAGGUUGCACCAGGAUAGCUGCAAAUCCCUAGUGGAG